GGAGGGCUGCGUCGUCGUCUCCUCUGUUCUGGCCCUCGGAAUCGCGGCAGCCCUUGGGGACAGAAAGGGAGCAACCCGCCUAUUCCCCCAAGUCCUCCAAACCCGGGAAGCCUGCCCUCGCCCCGCUGCCAGCAGCGCCAAUCGCGGCCGCAGCACCGCCCGGCCGCUGCUAACCUGACCAGACAGCGAGCAGCAGCCGCUCCACGUGUCAGGGCGGGGGAAGCGGCGGGGCUGAGGCUGCUGAUGAGCCCUGGCAGGGAGUGCGGCAGGCAGGCAAGGCAGGCGGGCGAGCGACGAAGCGGGGCUGCAGCAGCGGCGGCGGCGGCUCCUCCUGGAGAAAGGGCUGCGGCAUCAUCGGCAGUGCCCCGCGCACAGCCAGCACUGUCUCAGCCCAGCCAAGCUGCCUCGGCCGCGGCGGGGAAACACGAUGGGGCCCCUCCGGGAAAAAACUAGCAAGGAGCACAAAAUGCAAGAGAAGGAGUUUUGCCGAAGCCGCAUUCCUCGCCUGGUCCUCCGGCCCCAUCUUCCCCAGCAGCAGCAGCAGCAGCACCCGCACCAGAAAGUGUCCCCAGCAUCUGAGUCACCCUUCUCUGAAGAGGAAAGCAGAGAAUUCAUCACCCUCAGCUCCGGAGGGUCAGCGAGGACCAUCAGCAGUAACAGCUUUUGCUCAGAUGACACAGGUUGCCCCAGUAGCCAGUCGGUAUCUCCAGUCAAGACUCCUCCUGAUGCUGGAAAUAGUCCAGUGAGUUUUUGUACAGCCAGUGAUGGAGACUACACAAGGAAGAAAUUUAAUUCAGGAACAAUGGGGGACGGAACUCAACAGUCAGCUCGAUAUAAGAAGGAAACAAAGGGGAGCCUCAUAAAGCCUGGAAGUGAAGCUGAUUUUAGCUCCUCAAGCAGCACAGGCAGCAUUUCAGCUCCUGAAGUCCAUAUGUCUGCUGCUGGAAGCAAGAGAUCAUCGUUUCCUCGCAAUCGGGGACCUCACGGACGCAACAAUGGAUCAUUGUCGUGCAAGUCUGGAUCGAGUCCUCCGACAUCCCGUGAGAAGGACAUCCUGUCAAUGCUGUGCAAAAAUCAGUUGAGUCCCAUUAGCAUCUAUCAGAGUUAUGGGGCUUCUUCAGCCAGCAGCAGCAAUUCAGGUUCAUACAAGGGAAGCGAAAACAGCCCCGUUAUGAGGCGGUCUGCAAGAUACACCUCUUGUGGUGAGAACCAUGGCGUGAAACCCCCAAGUCCAGAGCAGUAUCUGACCCCUCUGCAGCAAAAGGAAGUCACAGUGAGGCACCUGAAAACAAAACUGAAGGAAUCCGAGAGCAGACUUCAGGAAAGAGAAACAGAGAUCAAGGAACUCAAAUCUCAACUGGCACGCAUGAGGGAAGACUGGAUUGAGGAAGAGUGCCACCGUGUGGAGGCCCAGCUUGCAUUGAAAGAAGCAAGGAAGGAGAUCAAACAACUCAAGCAGGUUAUUGAAACGAUGAAGAACAGCUUGGCUGAGAAAGACAAAGGGAUCCAGAAGUAUUUUGUGGACAUCAACAUCCAGAACAAGAAGCUGGAAUCUUUGCUUCACAGUAUGGAAAUGGCACAAAAUGGCUCUUUUAGUGAGGAUCAGGGUCUAGAGUAUGGGUAUGGGUCUCCUGAUAAGUCUUUAAUUCUCAGUACAACCUAUUCCAAAAUGGCAGACAGCCUACUCAUGGAGGACCAAUCUAUGGAGGAUAUGGCAGAUAGUGGUGUGCUGCUUAGUGAUGAUGUGGCUAAUGGAAAUGAUUUAUUUGAGGAGUCCAUGAUUGCUACCACACCUGAACUUGGUCACCCAGAUCUCUUCACAUCCUCUACCUUAAACCACGUGGAUCCUGUCACCAACCUAACUCACUCCAAGGAAGAGAAUGACGACUGUAGUUACAGUGUGGCGAUGGAACAGGCAGUUCAGGCUGAUGUGCUGCUGUAUAGCUCAGACAUGGAGGAGCUAAUUCAGAACAUACUCAGAGCACAAGAUGGUUGUCCUCUCAGCUCAUCUCCAGCUUUGAAAGAAUCAGAUGGAUCUUGUCCUGAAAGCAUGACAGACUUGCUCAUGGACUUGACCCCACAUGAUCCAAAUUCUGUAAUCCUUUUAUCUCCCAUGGAGCCAGUGUGUGGUGCCAUGGAUUCUAGGUAUUAUGAUAACCGGGUCAUGAAGGAACUGGACUUUACUGACUGCCGUCCUGAAAUGUUUGGGAAUGUCAUGAAAUUGUCUGAGGGAAGCAUUGUGAAAAGAUACUGGAGCAACAACUUCCUCAUUGAUCUUUUGGCUGUAGCCGCCCCCGUUGUGCCAACGGUAAUGUGGAUGUUCAGUACUCAGAGAGGGGGAACGAAUCCAGUCUACAAUAUUGGAGCGUUGCUCCGUGGUUGUUGCCUGGUAGCUCUGAAUUCUCUUCGCCACGUACCCAUCAACAUCCAACCCUAGAUGUAAUUCUUUUGUACGGUGUGCCAAGAGGCUGAGGUCUGGUGGGUGUGGUGAGGCCAUGAAAAGCUUGUGUACGUAAUGGUGGGUCUGUCUUUUUUGCUCCUAAAUGUUUGAUUUGCACUAUAUUUAGUUGAAAACAUGUUCAUUGUUUGAAACUGAAGACGAAAGAGUAUUUGGUGGCAUGGAGACUUGUUUCCACUAAGUGUACACACACGUGCAUUUUAGAAAGCAUGCUAAGCACUUCUCAUUCUAUUGUCUGAUGUAUUGAUUGUUAUACCAAAUGUUUUCAGAUGCGAGGGGAAAGGUUCAUUCUUCCAGAGGCAGCUUACAUAGUCCUAGCAUGUAUGGUCUGUCUGUGCUUUUUAGUGCGCUUUAAUUAUGUAAUUGCCCCAGCAUUCCACUGAUUCUGUGUAGAAGGGGACUGUAACCAAAACAGGGGGGGAAAGCAUUAUUGUUGCUUGGUGGAAGUCUUGAAUCUUGUUAUGUUUUAUAAAUAUGGCUGUGAAUAUAUUUUAUUAAGUAUGUUUUAAGUCUUAAACAAAGUCUUAUUUGGAACUUAUUGAGUUAAUGUCACUCAAGUCUAUGAAGGAAUAUUUUAAAUGUAUGGUGUACUAAUUUAUUUUUUCUUGUUAAAUCUUUUAAGGAAAAGCCUUUAUAAUCACAAGUAAAGCAUGUUGCAACUGA